CUCGAUGUGCUGGGGCAUCUGGGCAGAGUCGGGCCUAGUUCCUGGGUCUCUCCGUCCUGUAGCCACCCUGUACCCUUCACUCCAGGCACCCUCGCACGGGGACAGGGCAGUAUGACCUGGGAGGCCCUACACCUGCCGCUGGUCCUGCUGCUGUUUGCCUCAGGCUCCUGGGCACAAGUCGAGGAGAAUGAGGUGGUGUGGGCGGUUCAGCAGCAGGUGGUCUCUGUGAAAUGCCCGUCCACGCCCCCGGCAGGUGAGUAUGAGAAUAAAAUCUGGUGUAAGGAAACCAAGCCAGGUUAUUGUUUGAAGCUGGUCACCAGCACCAGACCCCAGGUAAUGGCUCAAAACCCUCCACAUUUUAUCUGGGACAACCCUUCUGCUGGCUUCUUCAUUGUCAUCGUAACAGAAAUCACGAAGAAGAGUUCAGGAACCUACUGGUGUGGAAUAGACAGAGGUCCUAAAGAGAGCAUCUAUAUUCUCAAGAACAUCAGCCUGGUGGUGACUUCAAUGACAACUGGUUCAACCUUCAUCAGUGACUCUGAUUACUGCCUGGGAUCCUCCCCUCCUUCUUCCCCCUUCUCCCAUAGUUUUUUGGGCAGCACUUCUGUGAUGCUGUUGUGUGCAUUCCUCAUGACCAAGAUCUUGGCUUUGACAGCCCUCCUCCUGUUUCUGACCUACAGAGCCCAGGUCUCCACCAGGACCAUGGGAGUAGCAGCAAUGGCUGCCCCCAGCCCCACCAAGACCCGAGAGCCCUUGGGCACUCCCCACUGAGCCUGGAGUUCCCCCACCUCCUCCUGUUCCAUCAGGACCACUGAGAUCUGGAGCCUCCGAGACAAGGCCGUUCCUGUGCCUCUGGAAGACACCUCCCACCACCUAACUCCACCAGCUACACUAUGGUGGUGCCUCUCGUCCCAGAGCUGAGGAUCCCCAUGUUGCCUUCUCCAACGCCAUGUCCACAAAGAGGGGACCCACCACCUGGGAGACUCUCCCUGUGCAUCCGGGCCACCCCCUCCUACCCAGUGGACCAAACUCAACUGGUAGGCAUCCUCCCCCUAAUGUGUGCCCUUCCCUCCACUCCAGGGUUUCCUGUUUCUCUGUCAGCUCACAGUUCAGCUGAUCUUCCGAUCACCAAUGCCCACUGCAGUCAGCUUUGGUUCUUCCUCCCGAUAAGGGAAAUAGCCUUCCUUCAUACCAUAUACAAAUGUAAUAUUUGAUAUUUCCAAAAGUGACAUAAGUUUUAAAAGUAUAUGACAAUGAAGGAAUAAUAUUUCCAUCCUCUAUGCCAGAUAAAAGGGUUAACAGCUUUAGGACCUAAACAUCUUUUUCUUUUAAAUAAAUAAGCAUCAGGCAAAUAUUUCCAUUUUAAAGAGGGCUAAGGAUAGGAACAAGUUAACUGUUACAGAAUAAAGAGCAAAUACUACGUAUGAACAUGUGUCCAAAAUGGUAGAUAAUCAGAGAGAUGAGAAAUGAAGUGAGACCCCACACUUUGCCUAUCAGUUCAAA